AUGCCCCCAGCUCCCCGACCCGACGCCGCGCCCGUCCUCCCUCGAGAUGCCCGCCUGAUCGCCUUGAUCCUCGCUGCAGCCGGUGCAGAGGACUGCGAGGAGGGCGUCGUGCGCAUGCUCGUCGAGUUCGCUCAUCGCUACACGAGCGACAUCCUCACCGACUCGCUCCUGUACGCCGAGCACGCGCGGUCCGGGUCGUCGUCGACCGCGCCUGUCGUCCCGAGCAUCGAGGACGUGCGACUAGCGGUGCAGGCCCGGACAGAAGGUGCACAGGUGCCCAAGGAGUUCCUCCUCCAGCUCGCCACGACCGUCAACUCGGUCCCGCUCCCGACCCUCAACGAGGUGUACGGCAUCCGCCUUCCCCCUCCAGCACAACGCCUCACCGCCCCGAACUACACCCUCGUCCCCCGCUCGGCCGCACCACCUCCUCCGCCGGGCAGCGCCCUCGAGGGCUUCGGCAACGGCUCGAACGACCUCGCCGACCUCGGUGGGGCCAUCUUUGGCGGCGGGAGCAGUGCAGGCGCGAGUGCGGCGGGCGGCGACGGCGCGACGGGCACCGACACGGGCCUGCAGACGGCCGAGGGGAGCGAGGCGGGCGGGAGCGGCGGCGGGCUCUUUGGCGAUGACGACGACGAGGAGGACGAGGAUGAGGACGACGACGACGAGGAGAUGGAGGACGUGACGGACGGGCUGCCGAUGCAGGGCGGGCCGGGAGCGAACGGCGCGGGAGGAGGGGUCAAGCGCAAGGCGGAGGAGGACGACGAGUACGACUGAGCGCAGUGCACGCAUCCCCUGCCUCGUC